AUGUCGUACAUGCGCCGCCCUUCGGCUACUGGAGAUCGAGGAUACACCAACGGAGAUGGCUACCAGUUCCCACGACGCUACGACCUUGAUGCCACCAGUAGAGACAACAGCGCAGAUGAAAGAAGCCGAUCAAGAGGAAGAGCACAGGAUGAUUACAUUCCCCGAGUCGGCAGUCCGGCGCGACUUGACCGCAGCAAGAGAGCCAGUGGAGAGGGGAGAGCCUUCAGCAGGAGCAGGAGCAGGGCUGCUUCUCAGAUGCGCAAUGCUGAGGCUAGCCGCCAGGUCGAGGACAUCCUGCGCUCCAUCGACCGCCAUUGGGGACAGAUGGCUUCAGACAACUGCGUUCCUGUCAAGGUCGCCCUGCAACUCAUGGACCAGAGCUCUCUCGGUCUUGCCAAUCAGUACGACCAAUUCCAAGAUACCCACCAACAACUUCAAAAUGCUCUCAAGGCCAUUGUCAACCAGCACCAUCAGGGCUUCAACAGUUCUAUCGGUACUUUCCAUCAGAUUCAGUCCAGCAUUCUUUCAUCUCAACAAAGAGUUCGCACCUUGAAGCAAUCCCUCGUCCAAGCCAAGGGAAAUCUCCGUACUACUCGUCCUGAACUCAAAGCCUUUGCCCAGUCAAGUCAGAGCUAUGAUCAGAUGCUCCAAACCCUGGCUCACAUCGAGCAAUUACAACUCAUGCCAGAAAAGCUUGAAGCUCAGAUCUCAGAAAAGCGCUUCCUCGGUGCUGUCGAAACUUUACAAGAUGCCCUGAAACUCAUGCACAAGCCUGACAUGGAAGACAUUGGUGCUUUGAGUGAUCUGCGUGUCUACUUCAGCAACCAAGAACAUUCAAUCACCGACAUACUCAUCCAGGAGUUACACAGUCACCUGUAUCUCAAAAGUCCUUAUUGUGAAGAGCGAUGGAAACAAUACACCAAUCGCUCCACUACCACCGGCGCUGCCUCAUUUGAGAUCGAAGGACGCCAGCUAUACCGAUUCCUCGAAUCUUUCGAUCCUUCUCAAAUCUUGACUGAAGACACAUCGCGCAAUCCGGAAGCUGACACGUUUGCUUACAUACAACUUCUGGUCGAAUCACUCGAUCGAAUGUCGCGACUUGAUCUCGCCAUCGAUCAGAUUGAGCAAAGACUGCCUGUCGAGCUCUUCCGUGUUGUCGAGAGAUCAUACACCGAAGUCGAACAAAAGUACCCUGGCCUGAUACGUGGUGCCGCAAAACAGCAACACUUCCAGCUUGAUAACAUCAAUGCUGACAUCAACCAAGACAAGAAGAUGAUUCUGCAAGACAUGCUGUCAACCUUGUAUGCUAAAUUUGAAGCCAUCGCUGAAGGCCAUCGUGUUCUCCAUGAAGUCAUUGGCGGUAUAUUAUCCCGUCAAGGCAGUGAUGAACCUGCUCUUUUGCGUAGCUUCCGCGAGCUCUGGAAGUUGUAUCAAUCUGAGAUUCGCAGUUUGUUGCAUGACCACCUGGCUGCUAGUGGUAGUCCGGAAAACUCAUCACAUCCUGAACAUCAUCAUGCUGCGAACAUGUUCAAGCCUCAUACUAGAGAUCGAAACAAGCGAAUGUUCAAGCUGGCAGACACGGAUAGCAAAUCUACUGAGUUGGCUAUUGAGAAAGAAGAUCUCGAUUUCAUUCUCAAGUCGUCAGUACCUGGUCUUGCCGCUACCGGCACAACACCUGCCACGAAAGACGCCGAAAACGAAAAGAAUGAAGACCGCUCAGCAACUGGCCACAAACUCUUGGUCGAACCCAGCGUCUUCAACAUGGGCAUCCUACUCCCUCCUUCCCUAUCCUUCCUGACACGACUAAAAGACAUUGUGCCCCCAAGCUCAGAAAUCGUCCUGAGCACUCUCACAUCCUUCCUCGACGAUUUCCUUAUCAAUGUCUUCCUCCCUCAACUCGAAGAAGCCCUGGCCGACAUGUGCAUGGCGGCUUCCGCCGAAAACGAUGCCUUCGUUCAAGAUCCCAAAUGGCAAUUACGUGCUCAAAAGCCCGUCUUCAAGGGCACAUCCAAUUUCCUCGACUUGAUAAAAGCGUUUUGCAUGUUGUUGGACAGCCUACCCCACGAUCAAGCUUUCAGUCAAUUGGUAAUGGCACAAAUGCGUAUCUACUACGACAAAUGCUACAACUAUUACCGCGGUUUGGUGUUGCGGCCGCAAAUCGACGCCACUGCUGAGCGCAAACCGAAAAGAUCAGCAGCGUUGGCGGAAUACAAUGCGGAUAUGCGAGAUGCAGUUGCCACUCUUCUUGCGCAUGAGGCGGAAAAUGCAGAUGAUGUGCAGAGACUCAUGCAAGAGCAAACUUCCGCCCUGAUCGCCAAUGUCAAGAGUUCUCCCCUUGCAGAGGCGGAUUUGAUCUUGGAUAGGAAGGCUAUGGUGGGGUUGUGCACGUUGUAUAAUUCCACGAGAUGGUUUGUCGCUCAUGCGGAGCAAUUGCGGCAUAUGUCUUCCUCUAUAAGUGCGUCUACAUCUGCCACUGCCACUGCAUCGACAUCCCGCCAUCAAACGAGAAGAUGGACUACGCUGAUAACGCCGAAUCCCCACGCUGCGAUCUAUCUCCCUCUAGACACCCAGAGCUCUCGCGACUUCGACGCCAUCACGACUUCAAUGACCGACUUGGGCCACCUCAUCCUCCGCACCCUGCAUCUAGAACUCCGCCUCCAAAUCCUCAAUGGCGUGCAAGCCGCGCUAUCAUCUACCUAUCUCCUCCGCCAACCAUACAACGAUCCCGACCCCGCCAUUUUACAACUAGCCAGACAACUAGUCACGGCAGACUCAGACCUAGAAACCCACCUCCCCACCCCACAACACCGUCUCCUCCUCCUCCACCUCGCGCACCCCGCCUCUUCCUCCCUCAUCUCCUUCACCCCUUCCAUCCCAGCAAUGGACGCGCCUUCCGGGAUCGGCCGCAUGCAUCUCAACAUCCUGGUCCUCCAACAAGUGCUCAAAGAUAUAGAGCCGUCGUCGUCGUUGCAAGCGGCUGCGGAUUUCUGGUCGUGGUUUGAAGAUUCGCCGACGACGAUGGUGAGGGGGGUUGAUGAGGGCGUGCUUGGGAAAGAGGAAGCUAGGGAGUUGGUUAGGUUGUGGGGGUCUGGGAGGGGUGAUGUGGGGAGGGUGGAAGUGGAAAGUGCGCUUAGGGGUUUGGAUUGA